CUCAGAAAGGCUUCUUUCUGCCUUUCAUUCCCCAGCCACCACCGGUCAACCUAACAGCACAGGCGAAACUUUUAUUACGGGUUUGGAUGUGAGCGACGAGUUUGCCAUUGGAUAGUAAAACCAAAGAAAUCGUCCUUGCCAUCUGCGAUCAAGGACUACAAGCGUUUCAGGUGGACGAUACUGCACAGGUGAACCAUGGCCAUGUUCUUGCUCUUUCUGAGUAUGUGCUUCUGGGUCUCCUCAGCCACAGUGCCUUUUUAUGAUUAUGUUUACACUGAGCCUGAAAGCACAUUGAGUGUCAGCAUACCCAAUGAGCUUCCUCUCCAGCCCCUGAUGGGUGACACAUUAAUUCUGCCCUGCUACUUCCGGGACAACACGGUCAACGACCCCGGUGCCCCCACCAUUGCCCCUUUGUCUCACCGGAUCAAAUGGAGUCUGGUCACCAAAGACAAGACCACAACCAUUUUAGUGGCAUCUGAGGGAAUCGUAAAUGUGACCAAGCAGUAUAUGGACAGAGUCACCUUAGUGGGAUACCCCACGACGCCCACAGAUGCAAGCAUUAAAAUCACAGAACUCCAUUCCAAUGACUCAGGAGUGUACCGCUGUGAGGUCGUGCAUGGCAUAGAGGACAAUCACGAUAUCGUUCAUGUCCAAGUUCAAGGUAUUGUUUUUCACUAUCGUGCAAUCACCACAAGAUACACGCUGACCUUCGAGAAGGCCAAAGCAGCCUGUAUUCAAAACAGUGCCGUGAUCGCCACCCCGGAGCAACUGCAAGCGGCUUAUGAUGAGGGUUUUCAUCAGUGUGAUGCUGGAUGGCUUGCAGACCAGACAGUCAGGUAUCCUAUUCACAAUCCUCGCGAGGCUUGCUAUGGGGACAAAUACGAAUUUCCAGGAGUGAGGACAUACGGAGUAAGAGAUGUGAAUGAGACUUAUGACGUGUACUGCUUUGCUCUGACAAUGACAGGAAGAGUGUUCCACGCUACUUCCCCUAACAAAUUCACUUUUGAUGAGGCUGAAGCUGCAUGUAAAAGGCGGGAUGCCAGGUUAGCUACCACUGGACAGCUUUACCUGGCCUGGAAGGACGGGAUGGACGUUUGUAACGCUGGCUGGUUGGCAGACAGAAGCGUUCGCUACCCCAUUAACAUCGCCCGACCGCAGUGUGGGGGAGGCCUGCUGGGAGUGCGCACUGUUUAUCUGUUUCCCAAUCAGACCGGCUAUCCCUUACCAGACACUUGCUACGAUGCUUUUUGCUAUUCUGAAAAAGAUGAAGAAGGUUCAGGCUUUCCUGACAUAUUUCCGGGGUCAGGCAGUGGAGUACUGAGCGUGGACACUAUUACAGAAGGCCCCCAGGUCUUUUUAAAGCCCACCUCCACUAAAAGUGAACUACAGGGAGAGGUUAUAACACAUAAACCCUCAGUGACCACCAGUGUCAACCCAUCAUACUCUAUCAUAGAUGAUACCCUGCUGCCUCUUUUGCCACCUCCCAGCUCCACUGAUCUUGGGUCAGAACUUUCUAAUAUGACUGAAGCUGUCAUGUCUGAUACGGGGGUUGUGUUUCAUUACCGUGCAAGCUCCAUUCGCUAUGCUUAUAACUUUGUGGAAGCUCAACUUGCGUGUCAAAGCAUCGGUGCGGUCAUCGCCAGCCCCCAGCAGCUCCAGGCCGCCUAUGAGGCUGGUUUCCAUCAGUGUGAUGCUGGCUGGCUCUUGGAUCAGACUGUCAGAUAUCCCAUUGUGUCCCCACGCGAGCAAUGUUCUGGUGAUUUGGAGCAUCUUCCCGGUGUGAGAUCUUACGGACUACGUCCUGCCGAUGAACAAUAUGAUGUGUAUUGCUAUGUGGACAAACCAAGAGGGGAUUUUUUCCAUGCAAGUUCAUUUGAUGGAUUUACUUACAAUGAAGCUGUGGCCUACUGCGAGGGUCAGAACGCAUCCCUGGCCUCUACAGGAGACCUGUAUGCUGCCUGGAAGCAGGGUUUUGAUAUGUGCCGUAAAGGCUGGCUUCUGGACCUCAGCGUACGUUAUGCCAUCAAUAAACCCCAGCAGCUGUGUGGCGGAGGAAAGGCUGGAGUUCACACAGUUUACAUGUUUCCCAACCAAAGAGGCUUUCCUGACCUGAACACCAAAUUCGAUGCUUAUUGCCUUAAGGUGGAUCUGGAUGUGUCUCUGAAUGAAAGUAAGGCAAACAUAACCGUGACAGAAGAGACAUUUAACAUGGAGUCUUUCCCUGAUCUUCUCAGUCCUGUGGAUCUUGAUUUGUUUUUGAAUGAAAGUGAGCCAAACAAAACAGUGACAGAGGAGACAGUGAACGUAGAUUCUCUCCCUGAUCUUCUCAGUCCUGUGGAUCUGGAUUUGUUUCUGAAUGAAAGUGAGCCAAACAAAACAGUGACAGAGGACACAGUGAAUGUGAAGUCUUUUCCUGAUCUUCUCAGUCCUGUGGAUCUGGAUUUGUUUCUGAAUGAAAGUGAACCAAACAAAACAGUGACAGAGGACACAGUGAAUGUGAAGUCUUUUCCUGAUCUUCUCAGUCCUGUAGGUACCCCCAUCACCCCCAUCUCUGGAUCUGGGUCAUCUGAGACCAGUGGUGAAGUAAAUCUGUCUGGAAGUGGAAGUGGGGAUCAGCCGAGUGGGUCAUCUGGUUGGAGCGGGGACCUGUCUGGAUCUGGAAUCAGUGGGGAUGUUUCAGGGUCAGGUCUUAGCGGUGAUGACUCAAGUAUCCUGGUGACAUUCUCAGGAAGCGGAGCAGUUUUGUCUGGAGAUGGAUCAGCUUCAGGGAGACCCCAGGAGGCUGGAGAAGGUGAUCUCCUCACCUUUCCAUUUGAUCAGAGCUCAGGCCUUUUUGGUUUGAACUUCUCUGGAUCCGGAUCUGGCAGUGGGUCAGGCUAUAGCUUUGAAGGAAGUGGAUCUAUCUCAGACUUUUCCAUCAGCUCAGGUGAGAUCAGUGGGAGUGGAGAACAUUCUGGUUUCUCCUCAGGAUCAGGUUCCAGCGGGGAGUUCUCAGGAUUCAUUACUUUCUCAUCUGGAAUAUUUCCCUCUGGAGGAUCCAGUGGCAUUUCAUUAGUUGAUGAAUCUGCCAUCCUGCUGGAUAGACAGUGGACUCAAUUGUCUACUUCUCCAUCCUUACAAGAACAGGAGUUCAGCGGAAGCCAUGUAGAUUUCAGCGGAUCAGGACAUAUCUCAGGGUCUGGGACGAGUGGGGGUUUUUCUGGGAUGAGUGGUGAUCACAGCGGCUCUGGGAGUGGUUCAGUGUUUUCUGGUGUGACGUAUCAUGGAUCGGGAUUCACUGAUCUCACAGAGCAAUCUCGUAACCAGGAAGCUUCUGGGGUUUUGAUAUUCGGAUCUGGUGAGGGCAGUGGAUUUACAUCCGGAGUCUAUGCCAUUGAAUCAGGAGAAAGAUCAGGGGAAUCCGCCAGCGGUGAUAUCACAUUUUUCAUCAAUAGUGUGGUGACUGAACUGUCCAACAAGCCCAUCCAAGCCAUGGAGCUGGGAGGUGGGGAUGUGGAGUAUAGUGGGACUGUCAGCCUGUCAUCAGGUAGUGGAGAUGACCAAACUGUCUUUGCUAGUGGACAAGAAGAUGAGCCGAUCCCAACCACUGGACACACAUUAAAUAUGAGCUCCAGUGAGGUUCCUCCAGUAGAACAAUCGCUUCAAGGGCCAUCAGGCCUGCACAGUGAUGCUGCCAGACCAGCAGUGCCAUAUUCAGAACCGGCAGGGAUGAUCAGUAAUCCUGAUACUACUUCUGCAACUUUACCUUCUACAACAGAGUCUGCCAUUCCUCAACAGACUCCUUCUGUCAUUGAAGAACCUACUGUGAAUGCCAUAAUUGCUUCUGUUAACCCAUGUGAUCCAAACCCUUGUGGAGCUGCUGAAUUAUGUUCAGUGAACGAUGGGGUGGCCUUCUGUCAUUGCCCACUGGGACAACAUGAAGAAGAAUGUCAGUUUGAGGUUGAUGUUUGCCAUUCAAACCCUUGCGCCAAUGGAGCCACCUGUGUGGAGGUGGAGGACACUUUCAAAUGCUUGUGUCUGCCCAGCUACGAAGGAGACCGCUGUGAGAUUGAUGUUCACACCUGUGAAGAGGGCUGGAUUAAGUUUCAGGGCAACUGUUACCUGCAUUUUUCCGAGAGAGAGACCUGGCUGUACGCAGAACAGCGCUGUCGUGACCUAAACGCUCACCUAGCUAGCAUAAACACUCCAGAAGAACAAGCCUUCAUUAACUCGUAUGCACAAGACUAUCAGUGGAUCGGAUUGAAUGAUAAAACUGUUGAAAAUGACUUCCGCUGGUCAGACGGUACCCCACUGCAAUAUGAGAACUGGAGGCCUAACCAGCCUGACAAUUAUUUUAACUCUGGGGAAGACUGUGUUGUGAUGAUCUGGCAUGAAAAUGGCCAAUGGAAUGACGUGCCUUGCAACUACCAUCUACCCUUCACGUGUAAAACAGGUCCAGCAACAUGUGGCCAACCUCCUAAAGUGGAGAAUGCCAGGAUGUUUGGAAACAAGAAGGAUCGUUACCAGGUGAAUUCCAUCAUUAGGUACCAAUGCAACGAACGCUUUAGACAGCGCCACCCGCCUGUGAUCCGAUGUAUGGCAGAUGGAGAGUGGGAGAAGCCUCAAGUGGAAUGCAAAGCCAAAAUCAACACCAGACUGCAAAUGAAAUCUACUGUUCAUCACUCGCAUAAAGUUAGCACAACAUUGGAGAAACAUCUCUAAAGAGAAGAAGACCUAGUUUCGUUUUUAAUAACAGUGCAAGUUUUAUAUUUAUUUUCUUAGCCCCUGAUUUAUAAUGUAUAACUUUUCAUAAUAAGUAUAACUUUUAAGAUAACUGUCCAUCUUGUUUAUAUUUCGGCCUUAAACAGUAAAUCACCAUAUAUAAAUUAUUUGCCCUUGAUAAAGUGAUCUACUUCAUAACUCCAGUAAAAUAUCAGGGACCAAAACAUCAGAGACCACCAGCAUUCCUAAAGACUUCCGCAAAUGUUUGCUGAAGGGUUUUCCAUUUGAACUGGCUAGUGUUUCAUGGUGCAAAGACACUGAGCUUAAAGCUUGGUUAGCCUGGUCCUUUAUCUAUUUUGCCAGACAGAAAUACUGUCUUUUUCGUCUUUAUGUGCUAGUUAACAAAUUAAAGUACAUUAUAAAUUAUAGAUGAGGUGAUGAAAUGUGAAGUUUUGUUUUCAUCUAUACAUUUAGAAGAAAGUUUAUAGCCAUAAUGGACGUUUACAAAGUUAUUUAUUUCUACCUAAUCAGGCAGAUUAUGAAAACUUGCACAAGGAUGUCAUUCAUUUGUUGUCUGUGUUAGAGAGCAUAAUGUGAAUUGAUCUAUUUAUUGAUUUCUCACAACAUAAAACAAAACGCAUCCAUCUUUUGACUGGAGGUGUCCAUCUUUUUUUGGGAUCCCAUGUUUGGUCACAAAAGCCAUAAAUAUACUGUGAACAGCAUCAGAUCUUGGUGGCCAAGUCCAGUCAGAUUAUGAAUGUAAACCCAAUCAUGCAAAUGUACUUGUUUGUUAGAUAUUAUCUGUGUUGCCCAAGGCUGUGCAGGGCAUAGUACUAUAUGGGUACCAAACUGAUCAGCUACCAGCUAUUAUUUUGCAAUACAUUUUGUUUGUAGUUCAGAACUGUUGAUGACAAAUGCCUUGAAUAUUUCACAUUUUGCCUAUUCUGAUGGUACUGCUUUGCUUUUGUCAGAAAAAGAACAAGAGGCUGAGCCUCUUUCAUCCGAAUGGCAGGGACCUCUCUUUUAUACACCAUAGCUUUCAUUUUCAAUUUUAAAACGACGAAUGCAGCAUAAACUGCAGACGAAAAUGCACAGACGUUUCCUGUAAAUAAGCUACUCACAGAUAUACUGUGGCACAGAACCAUCUAAUCUCCCAUUCACAAAGUGGCCUCCUGUUUCUAAGGUCAUAUUGGGAGGAAAAGGACAAAGUCAACAGUAAACCCACGAAGAGAUCUUUGAGGCAUUUUUGUCUUCUGUCUUCUAAAUAAGGGAAAACAAGUUGCCAAUAAUGUCUUCAGCUGAAUUUAUGUGUUUAAAUAACUGUAUUACAGCAAAUGAAUAAAACAUGCCAUCAUCUUUAACACAGGA